AUGGCAGAGCAUCUGUCCCAGAGUGAGCUCGACUAUCCCUUCAAACUUCUGGAGUAUUUCAACGGGUUCAGGGUGUCAAAGGUGAUAUUUUCGGCCUGUGAACUCGGAGUGUUCGACCUCCUGCUGAAGUCUCAGGAGCCGCUGAGUGCUCAACAUGUGGCUCGGGAGCUGAGCACCAGCGUGGACGGCAUGGAGAGUCUGCUGGACGCCCUGGUGGGCAUCGAGAUCCUGGAGGUGGAGACAACAGAUGGGACAGCUUUUUACAGCAGCACUGAUGUGGCGAAUCUUUACCUGGCCAAAGGCAGCGGCAAGUCUCUUCACGACAUGAUCGUCUACUAUUCCCAGACCAUCUACCCGCUGUGGAACAACAUGGUGGACGCCGUCAGGGACGGGAAGAAUCAGAAUGAAAAGACCUUCGGCCUCCCGUCAGAGGAAGUCUUCCAAGCGAUUUACAGAUCGGAGGAGGAGAUGCUGAAAUUCAUGGGUCUGAUGAACUCCUCGUGGGUUCUGGACGGACACGACAUCGUGACGGCGUUCAACCUCUCCUGCUUUCAGACCAUCGUAGAUCUCGGAGGGUGCACCGGUGCUCUGGCCCGUGAGGUGACGAAGGCGUACCCGUCCUCCUCCGUCACGGUGUUCGACCUCCCGCAGAUCGUGGAAACAGCUCAGAAACAUUUCUGUCAGGAGAACGACGCCGUUUCAUUUCAAUCCGGAGAUUUCUUCGAGGGUGAAAUUCCUCCUGCUGAUCUUUACGUUCUGGCCCGAAUCAUCCACGACUGGCCUGAAGAGAAAUGCCUGACGCUGCUGAAGAGGAUCUAUGACGUCUGCAAACCAGGCGGCGGCGUCCUGCUGGUGGAGGCCUUGCUGUUUGAGAACCGGCGUGGACCCGUCAUGGCUCAGCUCUUCUCCCUCAACAUGCUGGUGCAGACGGAGGGCAAAGAGCGCCCGCCGUCCGACUACACCCACAUGCUGGAAAAGACCGGCUUCAGCAACGUGCAGGUCUGCCGGACCGGGAAGUCCUACGACGCCAUCCUGGCCAUCAGAUGA